AUGGUACAGUUUCGCAUCACACCACUUGAUAAUUUGUGGUUGGUGACGUGGGUUCCACAGUUCGAAAUGAGCUGAGAAUAACCAAAAAUCAUGAGAAGAUUACCAGUUUCGUCAAAACAUUUUGCGACUCAUGUGGUGCACUUAAAAGGCGUCUAAGUAACGUACUUAGCGCUGGGUAACACCAAUUGAUAAACUCUUGUCCAUUCACCCGAUCGUUUCGUGCUAUAAACACUCUCACUUCUCUAAUAAGUAUGUUUUAUCAGUUCCCUCGUCCGCUUUCUGUUGCUGUUAUUCUUUUUGCAUUUCACUUCUCAUUCAACAUUCUUUAAUCAUCUCAGGGGCCGAUGACAUCCACUCCGCCGACUGCCAAUGGUCUGGCACAGGUAAGAAAUCAAAAUGCGCAACAGCAAAAUAGUCUUUAGGAAAACAUGUCCACUCCAUCUGCCUUGGAUAUCAUCAAAUCUUCCAACAAAAAGGUGAAUCAUGUGAACGUUAGUAACUGAAAAGGUAUCUUUGCAGGAACUCGGAGAGUAUGCCAUCAUGGUCGUUGUCAACUUGGCCAACGUCGGACUUGUUAUGGUCAAAGUAAGGAUAAAAACUAGCAAUUUGUGAGGAAUAUGGAUGAAUAAUUAAUUGCAGGGUGUUGCCGCGUAUGUCUCGAGCAGUUUCUCUAUCGGCACUUCGGCUAUCGAAAGUUUUGGGGACGUUUUUGUCAGCAUUCUACUCUUAGUGCAGCUGAUUCUGGAUAAAAAAGUGAAAAAGAGCGAGUACCCACGAGGACGAUCAUCUGAGGCUACAACAAACGUAGGUUAGGGAAAAAACUCCACAUGGCACGGCGCGGCUUUCGCAACAUACGCAGCAAAAUGGUAUGCAUUUUUGCGCGCCGGUGUUGCUCUGCGUACAGUGCAUUUUAUGUUACGCGCAAAAGUCAUUUUUUUUAGUUGUUGAUGGAUUUUCUCCAAAUAUUCAUCUCUUUAAAGCGUUUUUCUCUGCUUUCUACCUUAAUUAGACCUUUUUACAGAUUCCAGAUGAAGUAAUACGCGAAAAGAAGUCGAUGCGAUGAAAAGAAACGCGUAAGUAAAUGGAAGUAAUGUUUUAUUCAGAAAAUAUACGAUUUCUCGAAAAACGUCUCUAGAUCUUCUAAUCUUUUGAUUUAAAAUGUUCACUAACAUGACUGUGAAUGUCUUCGAAUAAAAAAAGUAGAGUGACAGCUCGCUUUCGCGUAAAAAUUGGUUUUUUGCCGGAAAACAGUGACAUUUCGUUGAAAAAAAUUUUUUUCUCAAAAACCGUCUCUAGAUGUUCUACUUUUUUUGUUUAAAUAGUUCACUUACAUGACUGUGAAUGUUUUCGAACCAAAAAAAAAUUAAAGUGACAGUUCAUAGAAGCAAAAAAAAAUUUUUUUUAACGAAAUUUCACUGUCUUCCGGCAAACUAUCGGUUUUUCCGCGAAAUCGAGCUUUCACUCUACUUCUUUUUGGUUCCAAAACAUUCUCAGAAAUGUAAGUAAAGUUUUUUAACCAAAAGAUUAGAAAAUCUAGACACCUUUUUCGAGAAAUCGUGCAUUUUCUGAAUAAAACCUUACUUUCACAUACUUACGCGUUUCUUUUCAUCGCAUCGACUUUUCUUCGCGUAUUACUUCACCUGGAAUCUGUAAAAAGGUCUAAUUGCGUUAGAAAGUGGAGAAAAACGCUUUAAAGAGAUGAAUAUUUGGAGAAAAUUCAUCAAAAACUAAAAAAAAAAAAGAACUUUGCGCGUAACAUAAAAUGCACUGUACGCAGAGCAAAACCGGCGUGUCAAAAUGCACAGACUGAGGAUCAAACGUUUGGUGAACGUCGCAAAAGCCGCGCCGUGCAUGGACGCAAGAUUUUCAGCUAACUGCAUCUGUUGUCAUGAUGGCCUUGGCUUUCGUCAACUUUGUCCAAAGCUUCGAUGCGCUGCUCACAGGAAAGUACGUGUCGAAUUCUCGUUUCACCAGUCCACUUUAUUCACUUUUUUCAGAUUGGACCCGGAAUUCGGAUAUCCUCACAUUGCAGUCGUCGUCAUUAACAUUUUGGUGAAAAUCUUCUUGUUUUUCGUUUGUCUGCUGUGAGUUAAACUCUUCUUCAUUGAAUGCACAGCAUUUUUGAAAAUCCACUCCAGAAAGCGUGAGAACAACCAGAUCCGAGUUCUGAUGAGAGACCAGCUGACCGAUGUGUGGACCAACUCGAUCGCUCUUGCCGCCGUCUGCCUCGCCUAUUUCUUCAUGAAAGUUAGUAGGCCAAGAACUGUUAUCAAUCUAAUUUACUGUUCAGGAAUGUGACUUCAUUGGUGCUUUGAUCAUAUUUCUGCUUAUCGUACGGAACUGGGCUCCGAUCGUAAAAGAGUCAUGGUUCAAACUACAGGGUGUCAAAGGAGAUGAUGAAAUUAAUGAAAAAGUUUCCAAGGUGAUAAGGAUCCAUUAACUGUACGGUACAAAGGUUGUUUUUCACAGAUCAUUGCCGCGAACAAGGAUUUGUUCACAGUUCUUGCUGGAUAUGCCACGUAUCACAUUGGAAACAAGAUCAUUGUCGAGGUAGCGCAUAGAUUCUUGAUUUCGUUGGAAAAUGUGUGUUUUAGAUAUACUGCACCGAGGAGAGCCUGGAGAAGAGGGCCGAAGUGUACUCAAAGUUCGAAGACGAAGAGGUCCAGGCAGUGUACCUCCUCCCAAUCGAAGAAUCAAAGGUUAGUAUAACAGUACCGGAAAAAUUUAAUUUAUAUGCAUUCUGUCUAGAAUGUGAACCUUCGUCCGAUCAAAAUGGAGGAAGCUGAUUCUGCGAAGGAAGACGAAACCGUCAAGCUUCUGAAAACCGUGUAA